AGAAAAAAAACUUCCCUUGGAUCUUAAAUUAUACAGCAGCAGCAGCGGCUUCCUGUACUUAACACCUGCUCUGAGAGAGGGAGGCUCCUUUGUUGGCCAGAGCUCUGUAGGAGAGCUACAAGAACAAGAAGUUUUCAGCAUCUUUGCUGUUUUUUCCUCCUUCAGUUUGUCUUCUUUUUUUCUCUUCAUCUGCUCUGUCCACCACUCAGGAAUGGUUCUAAGACACCUAUGCAGUUUUUGGGCUUACUUUGUAAUUUUUCUACAGGGCAGGUCUGUGUUCUGUAAGGAGAUUAAGUUCCCCAGCAGAGUGCUCAAGCCCCACUCUCCAUCUGACUUUCUGGACAAACUGAUGGGACGAACAUCUGGCUAUGAUGCUCGCAUCAGACCCAAUUUCAAAGGUCCUCCUGUCAACGUCACCUGCAACAUCUUCAUCAACAGCUUUGGAUCCAUCACGGAAACAACCAUGGACUACCGGCUAAAUGUAUUUCUACGGCAGCAGUGGAAUGACCCUCGACUUGCCUAUAAGGAGUAUCCAGAUGACUCCCUAGACUUAGACCCCUCAAUGCUGGACUCCAUCUGGAAACCCGAUCUGUUCUUUGCUAAUGAAAAGGGAGCAAACUUUCACGAAGUGACGACUGACAACAAACUGCUUCGGAUAUUCCAGAAUGGAAACGUCCUCUACAGCAUCAGGCUGACUCUUACACUCUCGUGCCCCAUGGAUCUGAAAAACUUCCCCAUGGACAGCCAGACAUGCACAAUGCAGCUAGAGAGCUGUGAGUUCAUCCUUCAUGGCAGGCGAAAACAGAAAAUGUUUAUAUAUUUAGUCAGUGAACCUAUUGCUCAGUGUGCAGCUUCUCUCUCUUUCCUAGUUGGCUACACCAUGAAUGACCUUAUUUUUGAGUGGCUGGAUGUUGGAGCAGUGCAGGUUGCUGAUGAUCUGAUGCUCCCUCAGUUUGUGCUGAAAGAGGAGAAAGGUCUCGGUUACUGCACAAAGCACUACAACACAGGUAAAUUCACCUGUAUAGAGGUUAAAUUCUACCUGGAGCGACAAAUGGGCUACUACCUGAUCCAGAUGUACAUACCGAGCCUGCUCACCGUCAUCCUGUCCUGGGUGUCCUUCUGGAUCAACAUGGAUGCAGCUCCAGCUAGAGUGGGGCUGGGAAUCACCACAGUUCUCACCAUGACAACACAAAGCUCAGGUUCCCGAGCCUCUCUACCAAAGGUGUCUUAUGUCAAAGCCAUAGACAUCUGGAUGGCCGUGUGUCUCCUCUUCGUGUUUGCCGCGCUCCUGGAGUAUGCAGCUGUUAACUUCGUUUCACGCCAGCACAAGGAUUUCUUCAGACUGAGGAAGAAGCUUAAAGAGCAGCAGCGGCAGAGAGCUCAGGGAAGCAGUGACAGUAAGGUGAAAGGAAACACCACCCCAGGAAACAGCGCUGCUCAUGGGAGCGUAACCCAGCGGUGCAGUGCCUGUGCCAGGGAAGAGGAGCUGGCGCAGCACGGGUUUCUACUCCAGAGCAUUGGACUCUCCCUGUCCAGCGCGCCAGAGAUGGAUGCAACGCCGGUCUUCGCAGAUUUACCUCCCGGUUUAGGUUUUUAUAAAAUCCGGCGCCGUUUUGUGGAACGGGCGAAGAGGAUCGACACCAUCUCCCGAGCCGUGUUCCCCAUGAGCUUCCUCAUGUUCAACGUCCUCUACUGGCUCACCUACAAAGUUCUGCGACACGAGGACCUCCAGUUCACUCUUUGACGACCUUGAACAUACCAAAUACCUUUUGUCCUUAGGUCCUCACUGAAAGACUGAGAGGCCUUUAAUGGUCCACGCAGGAUGUGGGACUGCAUGUGCAGUGCCACUGAGAAUUUCUAACAUAAAACAAACUGUGUUUGUUUUUAUUUUUAUUUCAUUUCUUUACAAGAAAAAGCACUUUUUUAUUUGCACUUUGUAAGCAUUGCAUAUCAGAUUACAGUGCGUGUAUACAGUCAACAACUAUAACCAUCUCUGUAUGUGAAGUAAAAUCACUUGUAUUUGAACUGGACUGAAAAUCAGGUCAGGACUUUUUAGAGCGCACAUAUUCACCUACAGAGCCCUCCACACUUGUUGGUACCUCUGGUAAAUGUGUGUAAAAGCCAUAAAAUCAUUUUUGUUUUGUUUUUUGCAGUAGCAUAGUCUAACAUAUAUUCUAUUUUUUAAAAGAGAAAAUAUUUAAUUAAAGAACAAUUAUUGAGUGGAACUGAUGCCAUAAUGCCACCCUUAGCAAUUCCUAUAAAAUACACAUUUUACAGAAAUGGUUUUGUAAUUUUUCUAGUAGUAUUUAAGUUGACCAGAGCAUACAGAAACUUAAUAGAUCAACACAAAAUUGUGCAUAUUUGUGAAGUGGAAGAAACAUUUGUAUUCAGCCUCUUUACUCUGAUACCUGUGUAGUCUGUUGGUAAAAAUGUAGCUGCUCUGUGAUGGCCUCAGAGGUUUGAGAAGAAACAGCAUCAUGAAGACCAAGGGACACAGCAGACAGCUCAGGAAGGUUUAGUGAAGUUUAAAGCAGGGUUAUGUUAUAAAACAAUAUCUCAAGUUACAAAUCAUCCACCUAAAAUGAUGUGAGUAGCAUUUAUCAGCAUAGCUGUUAACAGGCCCACAGUAACUCUGGAGGAGCUGCAGAGACCUACAUCUCAGUAGGGAGAAUCUGUAGACAGGACAACUAUUAGUUGUUCACCCCACAAAUCAAGGCUUUGCAGAAGAGUGAAAAAGCUUUUUGGAAAGUAGGCCUUACAAGGUCCCUUUCAACAUUUUUACCCCUGUGGUGACACAUUGUUGUGGCAGAGACAUACUGUGGGAUGCUUUUCUUGUUUGUUCAAUGGGGAAAAAGAAGCUGGUCAGCGUUAAUGAGUGGAGUUGAAUACAGGGCAAUCAUGGAAGAAAGUGUGUUAGAUGUUGGAAAAGUAGAAACUGAGGCGGAGGUCCGUAUUUCAGCAGAACAUCACUAAAAUGAAAGCCAGAACUACAAUAGAAUGGUUAGGCAUGUGUGUUUGAACAGUCCAGUCUAAUUUCUAUUGAGUACCUGCAGCAAGACUUGAACUUUCAUGUUCAAAGGUGUUCUCCAUCCAACUAAACACUUCUGUGACUAACUGGAACUGUGUGCUUUGCACCUAGGAUUGGACAUUUUGGCAACAAACAUCUUAGGUAGUAGCGUUGACAUGAACCAAAAGACUAACAUGUGGAAAAGCACCUCAUGCACAAUUUCAUGUACGGUGGAGGGUUAGUGAUGCUGUGGGUGUGUUUCUAGAAUGAAGUAAUGGGAACUUUGAAGAGUGUAUGGUAUCAUUGAGUCUUAGAAAUACCAGGGCAUAUAAAAAAAAUCCGGUGGCUUCGGCCAGUGAAUAUGUAAAUGGUUUGUAACUGUUAACAGGAAUGGUAAAAAAAAUAGUUGUCCAAAGUUUGAGCUGCAGAGGCUCCAAUAAGUGUGGCAUCAGCAAUUUUGUUCGAAACAAUAAUUUCCUAAUGUGGGACUUUUGCCCCUACUGAAUAAAUGUUAUCAAUUUAGAGGUUGGAUUUUUAAAAAUCAGUUUUCAAUGGGAAAUUAUGCUGCAAAGGCAGAAUACAUUUUAAGGCUCUGCAAACAUCAUUCCCAGGUCAACCAGUAAGUUUAAAUGCUAUGUUUUUGCCACUCUACAAUAAAACCUUGACAGCAUCAAUUACAACCUUUAGGUUCACUUCUGCAGUAGUGCUGUUAUGGUGCUGGGAAUUUCAAUUCGUGCAACAUAUCUCUGGGUUUUAGAGGCUUUUUUAACAUGUGACUAAUUUAUUACAUAAAAUGUAUCAGUUCAGGAAAAUUAAAACCCUCCAUUGGGAAAUCUAUCUUUGAUAAAGUCAAAACUAUAUACAGUAUAUAUUCGCUUUUGUCUCUCAUUUGUAAAUAAAUCUACAUGUAGUACAAUCUUUUUCUUAAGUUAUCAAUAUUCAAUUCUGUAUUUAUUAAUUUCUAGUUCUUUAACAAGAACAUAAAGAGAAAAUACAACACUGGAACAAGCUUUGAAAAUAUGUAUCAUAUUUAGUUUUCAUUUACACUGAACAACUUAUUUUAUUUGCUAUUUUUUACAAAUAAAUCAGUCUCUCUAAACAUGG